UCUCUCUCUCCCCCCAGGCAGGCAGGGGGGGCCAUGGCAGAGACGCUGCAGAAGAAGCUCCAGGGGGAGCUGGAGAAGUAUCAGCAGUUGCAGAAAGACCUCAGCAAAUGCAUGACCUCCCGGCAAAAACUGGAAGCUCAGCUGACGGAAAACAACAUUGUGAAGGAGGAGCUGGACCUCCUGGACUCGUCUAACUCCGUCUACAAGCUGAUUGGGCCUGUGCUGGUGAAGCAAGACAUGGAGGAGGCAAAGGCCACGGUGGGGAAAAGGCUGGACUACAUCGCGGGGGAAAUCAAGCGGUACGAGGCCCAGAUGCAGGAGUACGAGAAGAAGUCGGAGCAGCACCGGGAGAGCUUGGCGCGGCUGCAGCAGGAGUUCCAGAAGUCCCAGGCCAAGGGGGCUGUCAAAGCCUGAGCCUUCCUCCGGAUUCCCUCCCCCCCCUCCCGAGGACUGUGCCCAGCGGGGUGUGUGGAGCUGUACGUUACUCUGUAGAUGUUAGUGCGCUGUUUGUCUGAAAUAAAGUUGGGUCAAUUCGAUAGGCCUCCUAA